CUUCGCCGACGCACUUUCGUCCGUUCCCUCGCCUUGUGAAGACACAACACAACAACACUGUUGGCAAACUGCUGCUGCUACAGCAACAACGUCGACACAUACUCAUGCACACGCACACACGACGCGCGGCUUUGAAAAGAAAUCGAGUUUUUCCGUCGUACACACACCAUCCACACGGACAGCAGCCACCGCGCACACACAGGCGCAAAGGUGUUGCUUGUUUGUUAGCCGCACCACAGUCAGUCCAAAAGUUACGUUCAUUCAGUUCACUCGGUCUUUGUGAAGCGUUGUCGUCGUAGUCGUUGUCGUGUUGUGCGCUGCGCUUAUCCACACACCGUCUUUCUCGCCUGCCUGUUGCCCGAUAUCAAACGCAGUGUGCUAAUAACAAAAUAAUAAUUAUUUUCCAUAUUUUGAAACGUGUUCAUCUUCGUGCGAGUACGCAAAUAUUGUGCCGUUGCGAACUUGGCGUGUUCUUUUCGCAAGCGAAAUUAGUAAGCGUGUUGAUGAUUUGACGCCCAAAAUUCAAUUGAAAAAGCGACUGUGUCGAGAAAAGUGUGCAAAAGAGCGAGGGUUUCGCAAAAACCCCGCAAAAAAAUUAUUUAAAAAUAUUAAUAUUAAAACAAAAACAGCAAAAUUUGCAAAAAAUUGCAAAAAAUGUGCAAGCAGAAAUGAAACAAUAGCGAAGUUAUAAAAACAGCAAACAGCAUCAGAGCUUAAAUGCAAAGUGUGGCAGCUUAGGCGGCAUAAAAGUGUUGUUGCGAAUUCAAUUGUGUUCAAAGCAAGCAAAAAACGCAAAAAAAAUACAUAUAAACAUCUAACAUUGUGUACAUUUUAUCGUUGGUUAGUACAAUAAAACCAAUAAAACCGUAGACAAGUUUGAAAAAAAGUUGUAAACUCAUAACUCCUUCAGUGUAUUUCAUACAACAACAAAUAGCAGCAUUGGAUUACAUAUUUACAUACCUAGCUGACAGAAAACUUGUCUUAAAUCCAUAAAACACCGCAAAAACAACAUCGUCAUUGUGUGUCUUUGUGCCAAGUACUCAUAAUAAUUGUGCUAGUAUUCUCCAAAAAUAUAUAAAUACGAAAACUUAUAGUUUACUUGUGUGAAAAGUGACAUUUCAGUCAACAAAUCAGUGUACCGAUGCCAGCAAAUUUGGAAUACUCAUAAGCUAAGAGCCGUCGCAACUGCAAGCUACAAACGCGCCGUUAGCCAAGUGCAAGCAAAGCCGCCUCAGCGCGAGAAAUAUAGUUUGGUUCCCGACCGUUAACCGCACAGCUAUCACAAUGGCGCUGCACUCGACAGAAGCCUUAAUGGCUGCGGGUUUUCUGAAAUCCGGCGAUUUAGGCCAUCAUCCGCACAGCUAUGGCGGCCCGCAUCCACAUCAUUCGGUGCCGCACGGGCCGCUGCCACCAGGAAUGCCGAUGCCUUCGUUAGGACCCUUCGGAUUACCUCACGGUUUAGAAGCUGUUGGGUUCUCCCAAGGUAUGUGGGGUGUGAAUACAAGAAAGCAGAGACGUGAAAGAACCACAUUUACACGCGCCCAAUUGGACGUAUUGGAAGCGUUAUUUGGUAAAACACGCUAUCCGGACAUAUUCAUGCGAGAGGAAGUGGCGCUGAAGAUCAAUCUACCCGAAUCCAGAGUACAGGUUUGGUUUAAAAAUCGGCGCGCCAAAUGUCGCCAACAACUGCAGCAGCAACAGCAAUCAAAUAGCCUUAACAGUUCGAAGAAUGUCAGCUCCGGCUCCGGCUCCGGCUCCUGCUCUACAUCGCGCAACACAUCGAAUAGCGGCAAUAGCAACAACAAUUCCAGCUCAUCCAAUGCCAACAAAUCGAGUUCACACUCAUCGCAUUCCACGUCCGGCGGCAGCGGCGGCAAUAAAUCUGGCAACUCCUCGGGCGCCGGCGGCAAUGCGAAUAAUCCGAACAAUGCCGGCGGUUCAUCAGCAGCAGCGGCCGCAGCCGCCGCCGCCGUCGCACAGUCUAUAAAAUCCCAUCACAGUUCCUUCCUAAACGCUUCCGCCUCGGGCUCAGCGGUAACGCCCACCUCCGGUUCGGCCGUUUCGUCGCACGCACACUCAACACAUCCGCAUCACAUGUCCGCCGGUGGUGGCAUCAAUUCGCUAGCGUCCGGCCCAUCCGUGGCCACGGUGAAUUCACUGAACGCCUCAGUGGCUGCGCAUCAAAACUCCUCACCACUGUUGCCCACACCCGCCACCUCCGUGAGUCCCGUCAGCAUUGUCUGCAAGAAGGAACACAUCAGCGGCGGCUACCCUGGCGGUCCGGUCGGCAAUGACGGCUCUUUGCGUUCCACCUACGACACAUUGAAGGACGGCGGCGGCGACAUCAGCAGCAGCGCCAUACAUCAUCACAGCAUCUAUGGCACUGCGGCCGCGACGAAUCCACGUUUGGUGCAACCCGGUGGCAAUAUAACACCGAUGGAUUCGAGCUCCAGCAUCACAACACCAUCACCGCCCAUCACACCCAUGUCACCACAAUCGGCCGCCGCUGCAGCACAUGCCGCACAAAGCGCACAGUCGGCGCAUCACUCGGCCGCCCAUUCGGCGUACAUGCCGAAUCAUGAUUCGUACAAUUUCUGGCAUAAUCAAUAUCAACAGUAUCCCAACAACUAUGCACAGGCGCCGAGCUACUACUCGCAAAUGGAGUAUUUCAGCAACCAGAAUCAGGUCAACUACAAUAUGGGCCACACCGGCUACAGCGCCUCGAAUUUCGGCCUAUCACCUAGUCCCUCGUUCACCGGCACCGUGUCGGCGCAGGCCUUCUCGCAGAACAGCCUGGACUACAUGUCGCCACAAGACAAGUACGUGAACAUGGUGUAGAAUCUGCUGAUGCAAUAUUGCA